AUGGCAAAUGACUUAGUGUUCAACUCCAGCCUAGCCUCGGACCUGGAGCGAGACGAGGAACUGGCGCGGGCUGAGAUUGCCGUCCUUGCCGUCAUUUUUGUGGUCACCGUCACUGGAAACACAGCUGUCCUUGUGGCUCUGUACGCUCGUAGAUUCUGUACAGGCAACAAGAAACUACCCAGGAUGUACUUCUUCAUCCUACAUCUCUGCGUGGCUGAUCUAACCACUGGCCUACUGAACGUGUUCCCUCAGUUGUGCUGGAAGAUUACAUACCGCUUUAAGGGAGGACCUAUGUUGUGUAAAGUGGUAAAAUAUGGCCAAACCAUGGGACCCUACCUCAGCUCUUACAUCCUCGUGGCAACUGCCCUAGACCGCUACAAGGCCAUAUGUGAACCGUUGAACUACAGUAACUGGACCUCGCGACGGUCCGCCCUCACCGUCAGUGCAGCCUGGUCGCUCACUCUUCUCUUCUGUAUACCCCAGGUAAUAAUUUUCUCCUACCAAGAGAUCGCUCCCGGGGUGUACGACUGUUGGGCGACGUUCCCAUUCCCUUGGGGAGAAAGAGUUUAUGUUACCUGGUACUCUGUGUCCGUGUUUCUGGUGCCACUGUUUGUACUCAUCUACACCUACUUCUGCAUCUGCUGGACACUGUGGCGGUACUCCGGGUUGCCUGACAGCUCCUCCCCACAUCACCUCAUCUCACGUGCCAAGAUCAACACUAUCAAGCAGACGGUGGCCGUCAUCCUGCUCUAUAUCUCUUGCUCCUCGCCGUUCAUCUGCGCCCAGCUCUGGGCCUCCUGGGGCCCCCGUCAACCUUUUUUUGAUGGAGCGGCGUUCACCAUACUGUCUCUGCUGUCAAGUCUCAAUAGUUGUGUGAAUCCGUGGAUCUACCUGUCAUUCAACAGGGAAUUGCUGAGGUCACUGUGGAGAGCCUCAAUUUGCACGGGAAGUCCACGGCAUCGUAACCUCCGAGGCAGCGCCUCUUCGUGCCGCCGGGUCACAGAAAUGACCACCACCAGUGCGGGGGACACUAUUGCCGCUGCUGAUAACCGGCACUGGUGUGACUCUCUGGAUUACCAGUCUUCCUCAGACAAACAUUCAAGUUUGAAAAGCUACCGGAUGCAAGAUUCCAGUAGUUUUCCGAACCGGCGGCUUUCCAAAAUCUGUCAACCUGCCAGGGAGGUGUGUCUGACUCCAAUGUUGUAG